GGCCCGGAGCGGCUGGGCUUCGGGGAUGAAGGUUUGGCCGCUUCCAGGGCUGGGUGGACGCGCGGAGGUGGGGGUGAGGCUCCGGACCCAGCCAGGCUCCGAGUGCGAGGUCCCAGGCCGGGGAGCGGAGCGGGAGGUCCCCCGUUCGGUUUGAGGUCCCACUCAGAAAACCCAAACAAUAGUGAGGACCCCGCCUCUUGCUUCACCUUGUCCCCGGGAGAGCAGGGGUUCGCCCUAGGAUUCGCCUUCUUUCCGUGCCCACCGCCCACCGCAGCCCGGGAAGCAGGGCCCGAGCUAAGAGAGCAGCGGCAGGAGGGGGCAGCAGGAUGAACGUGGGCACGGCACACAGCGAGGUGAACCCUAACACACGGGUGAUGAACAGCCGCGGCAUCUGGCUCUCCUACGUGCUGGCCAUCGGCCUUCUCCACGUCGUGCUGCUCAGCAUCCCCUUCGUGAGCGUCCCUGUCGUCUGGACCCUCACCAACCUCAUCCACAACAUGGGCAUGUACAUCUUUCUGCACACGGUGAAGGGGACACCCUUCGAGACCCCGGACCAGGGCAAGGCAAGAUUGCUAACCCACUGGGAGCAGAUGGACUAUGGGGUUCAGUUCACAGCGUCUCGGAAGUUCUUGACCAUCACACCCAUUGUGCUGUACUUUCUCACCAGCUUCUAUACCAAGUACGACCAGAUCCAUUUCAUCCUGAACACUGUGUCUUUGAUGAGCGUGCUCAUCCCCAAGCUGCCCCAGCUCCAUGGAGUCCGGAUUUUUGGAAUCAAUAAGUACUGAGGACACAGCCUCUGU